CCUUGCGUGCCCGGGCGCGCCGUGAGGCGGCGGUGGGUGUGGGGCGCCGGGAGCCGCUAUCCUGCAGACACGGGAAGCCGAGAGGGAAUUUUAGUCCUAAUCCGGUGGGAUCACGGAAGGAGCCGGACUUACAGCAGGAGUCCCUGUUGCUUUGAGAAGCACAAUGACCAUCUCACAGCUCUGUUUGGAGGAGAGGGCAUAGAAGGUCUGCUGUCACUGUACUCUCCUAAGGUGUGUGGUAAAAAUGGUGCAGAAAUACCAGUCCCCAGUUCGAGUCUACAAAUACCCUUUUGAGCUCGUCAUGGCAGCCUAUGAGAAACGCUUUCCUACAUGCCCAGAGAUCCCAGUCUUCCUGGGGAGUGAAAUCCUGCACGAAUCCAAGAGUGAGGACGGAGCCAUCCAUGUCAUUGAGCGAAGCUGCAAGCUGAAUGUGGAUGCUCCCAGGCUGCUGAAGAAGAUUGCAGGGGUAGAGUAUGUCUUCUUCAUCCAGAAGAACACAGUGAACUGGAGAGAGAGAACGCUCCGCAUCGAAGCCCACAACGAGACCUUUGCCAACCGGGUGGUGGUCAGGGAGACCUGCAGCUACUCGGUUCACCCUGAGAACGAGGAGUGGACCUGCUUUGAGCAGUCAGCCUCUCUCGACAUCAAAUCCUUUUUUGGCUUUGAAAGCACUGUGGAAAAAAUUGCCAUGAAGCAGUACACCUCCAACAUCAAACGGGGCAAGGAGGUGAUUGAGCACUACCUGAAGGAGCUGAUCUCCCAAGGGAUCACGUUCAUCCCGCGCUGGAGCCCUCCCGCGGCGAAGGAAGAGCGAGCCCCGGCGGCGGGGCGGGCCCCCGGUGCCACCCCGCCGGAUCCCGGGGCUGCUGGCAGCAGCAGGGAGCCGGCUGCCAGCCCCUGCCCGCCCCCAGAGCCUGCCAGCCCUGACGCUGACAAACUGGACGCGGAUUACAUCGAGCGCUACCUGGGCCAGCUCACCCCGCUGCAGGAGAGCUGCCUGAUCCGCCUGCGCCAGUGGCUCCAGGAGACUCACAAGGGAAAGAUCCCCAAGGAUGAGCACAUCCUGCGGUUCCUGCGUGCCCGUGACUUCAACAUCGACAAAGCGCGGGAGAUGCUGUGCCAGUCGCUGGCCUGGCGCAAGCAGUACCAGGUGGAUUUCAUCCUGCAGUCCUGGAGACCCCCAGCCCUGCUGCAGGAGUACUACACUGGCGGGUGGCACUACCAGGACAAAGAUGGGCGGCCGCUCUACAUCCUCCGCCUUGGCCAGAUGGACACCAAGGGUUUGGUGAAGGCCCUGGGAGAGGAAUCCCUGCUGCGACAUGUUCUGUCGAUUAAUGAGGAAGGACAGAAGAGAUGUGAGGAAAACACCAACAUCUUUGGCCGCCCCAUCACAUCCUGGACGUGCCUGGUGGAUUUGGAAGGGCUCAAUAUGAGGCAUCUCUGGCGGCCUGGGGUGAAGGCCCUGCUCAGGAUCAUUGAGGUGGUGGAGGACAACUACCCUGAGACCCUGGGGAGGCUCCUGAUCGUGAGAGCACCACGGGUGUUCCCUGUGCUCUGGACCCUGGUCAGUCCCUUUAUCAAUGAGAACACACGGCAGAAGUUCCUCAUCUACAGUGGCAAUAAUUACCAGGGCUCUGGAGGGCUGGUGGACUAUGUGGACAAGGAUGUGAUCCCAGACUUCCUGGGAGGAGACUGCAUGUGCACUGUCUCAGAAGGAGGACUCGUCCCCAAGUCCCUGUACCAGACCGAGGACGAGCCAGAGAACUCGGAUCACAUCCGGCUGUGGACAGAAACCAUCUACCACUCUGCAAGUGUCCUCAAAGGAGCCCCACACGAGAUACUUGUGGAGAUCCUGGAAGGGGAAUCUGUCAUCACCUGGGACUUUGACAUCCUGAAGGGAGAUGUGGUGUUCAGCCUCUUCCACUCCAAACGAGCUCCUGAGCCAAGCCACAAAGAAGCCACGUCACCAAGUCCCUCUGGUGCAGGGGACAAUGUGCAGCUCAUUGACAAGAGCUGGGUGCUGGGGGUGGAUUACAGCCGGGUGGAAUCUCCUCUGGUCUGCAGGGAAGGAGAGAGCAUCCAGGGGUCCCAUGUCACACGCUGGCCUGGCUUUUACAUCCUGCAGUGGAGGAUGCACGGGCCCCUGCCCUGCUCCAGCUCCAGCCUCCCCCGCGUGGACGAUGUCCUGGCCUCCCUGCAGGGCUCCAGCCACAAGUGCAAGCUCAUCUACUACUACGAGGUGCUGGCCUCCAAGGACUUCAGGGGAUCCAUGUCGAGCCUGGAAUCUUGCAACAGUGGCUUUUCCCAGCUGAGUGGAGUCACCACAUCUUCCAGCCAGUCCCAGAGCAGCUCCCACCUCUCCAGAUAGCAGAGCCAAGGCUGCAGCAGCAGGGGCACCCGGGGCUGCUCCAGCCCCAAACCAAAGAGCUCCAGGGCUGAGCCGUGGGGCAGCCGCAGCCAUUUGGACACAGAGAUGCCUCUGGGAGCUGCUUCAACCACAAAAACUGAAAUUCCAAGGGCAGUUUUAGGAGUUUUGGGUCAGCUGCAUGCUUCUCAGUAGCCUCCUUCAGCACCUGUGGGUUUUGGGUGCCUGGGAGUUUGCAGGGAUCCACUCCACUCCAAAGGGCUCUUCCCAUCAGUUCUUCCCCCAGAGGAGGCUGAUGUUGCCUUACCUGUUGGACCUUUAGAUAAUUCCUGGGUGGCAAAACUAAGGGAAUGUCCUGGGUGCCCACGGGCUACUGGUUCCACACUGGACAGUCAAUUGGGCAUUCCAGGGGCAGGGCCUUGGAAGGAACUGCCAACACCUGGGUACAGGUAGGAUAGUUCAGAAAUCACUCCCAGGCCAAACCAAAAACCUCUUCUGGUCUGGCAGGAUGCUCUGGGAAAUGUGUUGCAUUUUUUAAACCCUGCUGAGAAACAAAGUCAAAAUAGUUUUUUUUUUAGAAAUUCCAGGCAUUUACUCUGCCUGCAGUGAGUGGCAUCUUUCAAACUAUUGUUUCUUUUUACUCAGGUUUACAGCAAUAAUGGGUAGAUCUGUCCCAUUCCCUAGUGGAUGGGAACUGAAUCCAGUCCUAAAGGGCUAAGAAAAGCAAUAUUUGAUUUCCUGAAGGCACAAGAUUUUCUGGCAGUAUUACAGAACUUGCUUCUUUUAAACAUGAGCUCACUUGAAACCAUUCAGAGAGGCAUGUAUGUAUGUAAGCACUUACUGAAGCCUAUUUAUUCUAUACUAGCUUAUUUUAAAUUAAUUUUUAACUUAUUAUGUCAGAAAUGACUAUUUAUUAAAUACAGUCACCUUUUUUUAAUGAGAUGAACUUUGUUUUAGAAAGGAAUAACUGAUUGUUUUCAAUCCCAAGUAAUCUUUCUGCUUGGGUCCUGAUCUUUAUAAUCACUGGAUGUUCUUGCAAAAGGGCUGCAGUGGGGUAAGGGCUUGUGGCAUCUUCCUUGCAAGGAAAGGUGAGAGUCCAGUGCUUUUUUAGACUGUUUUUUAGGAUUAAGAAACAUUGAGUUCAGGAGUUGUCAUGAAGAUGCACUGUCUUCCUACCCAGCAAAAUGCCACAUUUGUCCCUAAUCUCUGAUUGUUCCUCUAGUCAGGUUGGGGAGCAAAGUUAUCCAUCCAUGUUCUUGUCCAGGUGAAAACAACGAGAGCAGGGGUCAAAUACUCACCAAGUUUUUAUUCAAGAAUCUGUGAAGUUGUUCGUUCCCACCCUUGUUUUUAAUCACUGGAUUUGAAGCACCAGGCUCUGCCAAAGGAGAAAAGAGCCAAAAUAUUUGGGACAAUGGGAGACAAAGAACUUGAUAUGGUUUUGAGUUGUUUGGUGGGUUUUUUUAAGGAUUGGAGCCAAGGGAAUCACUCUGCACCUUGCAUCUCUCCCUGUGAACAGGUAACUUGAUUAUGUAGAGCUCAGGGAAGUUCUGAUUUCCAAUUCUCAGUUGUUCCAUAGACUUUAAUAUUUCUCCCAGACAAGUGAAACUUCUGUCUCUGGCAUUUCAGCAUAACUGGAGUCUGAUAAAGAGGGACAAAUGUAAAUGUAAUUUGUACCUUUCCUCUGGAAAGUCAGGAAUUCUGGAAGCAAAGUCCAUGCAUGUAUCCCUCAUGGAAAAUCCUUGACCCAGAAUAAAAUCUUAUUCUAGAAACGGU